AUGCAAAUGCAGCUCCUGAGAGUCGAUUGUGAUUCUCUACCUCUCUUCCCUGAUAGCACCAUGGAAGAUAUUGUACAGAUUGUACGCCAGAUCGGUCAACAACAAGCUCAUAAUGCUUAUUAUCGCGAUUGCUAUUCCCUUUUCAAGCUACUCCAAGAGCUCACAGAACAUACGUUCACCGAACUACAAAGACUUUACAAAUCCGGCACCGAGCGCUCGACCAAUUCUGUCCAUCAACUUCUCCGAAAUUUUCAGAACACAAUCUGUAAUCUGGUUGAAAGAGCAUGCGAAGCCCAAGCGGAAUGCGAGGAGUUCUGCUCAGUGAAUGAAUCACACUCAGCGCGCGUUGUCUUCGAGCCCAUCAGGAGAAUGUACACCGACCCACAAGCCUCAUUGCAGGGUACAAGAUGA